UCAUCUCUUCCAACACUAUGGAAGCCAAAGGAGAUGAACUUGCAUGGAAAAAACCAGGGGAGUACCAUAGCGGUAUUUCACACUCACGUGGGUCCAUUCUCGUCCAUGUUGAAGCUUUGGAUAAUACCACUUUUUAGCUAAACCCCACAAUCCAAAACCUCCCUAGAGUUUUCCAUAUAAAUUCCCCGAUUCUGAGCUCAAAGAACCAUCCAAUUCUCAACCGCCGAAAAACAACAUUUCGUAUACAAGUUUUUAGCUAAAUGGGUAUUCGUCUGCCGGAGAUCAUUCUUCACGCCAAGCAAAUAACUCACCGUGCGGCGGCGCCGUCGCACCGGCAAGUUGGGUAUGAAGUUACGAAGCAUCGAUCGUCGUUUUCCGAUGUUCCGAAAGGCCAUUUUGUGGUCUAUGUUGGAGAGGAAGAAGAAGACAGGAAGCGAUUUGUUGUGCCAUUGUCGUACUUGAAGAAUCCCCUGUUUCAAGAACUGUUGAGUAAAGCUGCUGACGAGUUUGGAUUUGACAAUCACUUCGGUGGGAUUACGAUUCCUUGUGCUCAGGAUCAAUUUUUGGGUUUAACUUCUCGGUUGAAUAGACUCAUUAGUUGAAAUUGAUCAGAACUGAGAACCCAUUUGCCCGAAGCUUAAAAGAUGGUAUAGAACUCUGUAAAUUAAUCGAUGAUAUUCUUAUAUUAGAGGGGGUUUUUCAGAAAUGGGUUUCUCUUGCACUAUGGAGAGUUUAGCCACUGAUGUAUUUUCAUUCAUUUAUCUUCCUGUUUAAUACAAAAUCUGAAUCAUUGAAUCAUUGAAUCAUUGAAUCAUUGGAGUCCGUUUAUUUUCUUUAUGAAUCGUUGCUAUGCUUCAUUAAUGAUCACCAAACCAUCAGUCUCAUUUUAUUUAUCGUCAAACGCUUUGUUUGCAUCUCACACCGUUUGAUGUUUAGACAACUGAAUGAAUGGAAUAGCAAACUUCUGUUUCAUUAGGAUAAACCGUUUGGUUGUCUUCUUGGGUUGCCGAAUAUUUCUGGUGAAGUUUCACCCUCUAUGUAAAAUAAUCACUAGUUUCAAGAACUUGAGAUUGAGAUUAAACCUUGUGAAUUGUUUUAGAGACUGGAGAUGAUGGGUUCUUUCAUAUCAAAGAUUCUUCUAAUGGCUUUUGGGUAUGUCUAUCCUGCUUAUGAGUGCUUCAAGACUGUGGAGAGGAGGCCAUUAGAGAUAUUCCAACUUCUGUUUUGGUGCCAUUAUUGGAUCAUUGUUGCUUUGCUUACAGUAUUUGAAAGAGUGGGAGACCCUUUGAUUUCAUGGCUGCCACUGUACAAUGAAGCAAAGCUAGCAUUCUUUAUAUAUCUUUGGCAUCCUAAAACAAAAGGAGCAACAUAUAUGUUUGAUGUUGUUCUUCAGCCAUUUAUAUCGAAACAUGAAGCAAAAAUUGAUCGUUGCCUUGUUGAACUAAGGCUCAAGACAGCAGACAUUGCAGCCUUGUUUUGGCACAAAACUACUAGUUGCAGCCAGACAACAUUACUCGACUUGCUUCGUAAUGUUUCGUGGAUGCCCACAUCACAGACUUGUCAUAAUCAGCAUUGGCACAAUCUCAAGAAGGAUGAAACGGAACUAGUGGGAAAGACAACAAAAUGUGUAUCAACUAUGGAAAAUAGAGUUGCUGCAGAUGAUUCCAAGAAGAAGGUAAGUUACGAUGAACAAUUGUCGAAAUCCAAACGUCGAAAAUGGCGAGUUUUUAACUUCAUUUGUGUCAAAUAAGUUUGAGGUUGCUGUAAUAUUUAACAUAUGAUAUGGAAAAGGGCAUUGUGAAGCUUGCUUUUAGGAAACAAUUUGUAAUUUUAGUGUGUUGUAUAUGAAUCUUCAUGUGAUAUAUAUCUCUUCUGUUUCAUGGGCAAUCUGAUUUAUAACAGUUCGAUUAUUGUUCUUUCUAA